AUGGCCAUCAAAGACAUACAUGGUUCGCAAGAGGAGGCAUACAACCAGUCACCCGUAUAUGUAAACCGUGUGAUGAAGACGAAUCCUGGUAGUUAUGCGACAAAACAAGUAUGGCAAGAUGGCAGAUUUCGUCGAAUGUUCAUAAGCUUUUAUGGCUCAAUUCAUGGCUUUAGAAGUGGAUGUCGACUACUUAUAUUUCUUGAUGGGACAUUACUGAAGGUACGAUACCUUGGAACUUUACUUGCUGCCAACUCAAUAGAUGGGGAAGAACAAGUGUUUCCUGUUGCAUUCACUAUUGAGGAUGCCGAAAAUCGUGAAAUUACUUUGUUGUCUGAUAGACAUUUUGACCUAGUGGAUACUAUUUGUCAAGUUUUUGAGAAUGCCCAUCAUGCCUUCUGUGAGCAUCAUUUAGUGGAGAAUUUCAAAAAGGAAGCAAAAGACAUACCUAAUGAUAUUAAGAAGACAGUUAUUAAAUAUUUUGUCGGAGCAUGUAGAGCAUAUAGGCCGCAAGAGUAUUUUGAGAAGAUGAGUGAAAUUAGGUCAAUUUCUGAGGACGCAUUCAAGUGCUGGAUUAUAGCAGCACGAGACAUGCCAAAUCUCCAGUGUGUUGACUUGAUUAGAAGACAAAUCAUGAAACUAAUGGCCACCCGUAACUUGGAAGCUGAAACAUGGACUACAACACUUACCUCGCAUUUGCAAAAUGAACUCAGAUUGAUUAUAAAGCAAUCACUUUCUGUUAACGUCACUGUAUCAAGUGGAGCAGUAGUUGAAGCAAUGGGUGCUCGCAUGAAUUAUAAGGUGACCUGGCAACCAUAUAAGGCAUCACAUGAAAUUGCAGAGUACUUCAUCUGUCGAUGA